AGAAGCAUCGGAUCAGAAGCUAUUCGUCAUUUGCAUCGAACGACGCAGUCGCAUUUUUUGUGUGUGUUUUGUUAUGUGAAGACAAUUUUUCGCGUGAUUUUUCUUUUUCGUUCCCUUAAAAGCGGUGUAAUCCAAUUGUGAUAACUGUUCAAGGAAUAAGUACUUAGAAAGGCCUUAAAGUGACGUUAUUUUGUGUGCCUCGACAAAAACGAUCAUCUCGGAGCGAAUGUCGUGAUGGGAUGAUCGGGUUAGAAGAAUGUGGGCCUGCGCCCCCUCGAGCGCCGCCUUCUUCAAAUAGAGCUCGAGAGCGUACGGCCCAAGCGGUAGAUUACUACAACACCCAUCUACAACGAGCACGUGUGAAUGCCGGUCUAUCAGCGCCACGCUCAUCAUACAACGAUCGACAUCAUCAUCACAACGUCAUACCAAAACGUCAGCAUCUAUCGCCCGACCUUUUGUAUCGAAGUAACUCCAGCCUGGAGUUGGUCGAUCAUCACGUGCGACCAUCGAACACCUCUUCGCCGACGCUUAAACGCGAAUACGGCAGUCACGGCUCGAUCGACAUUAUCGAUCGUCCAGCACCGAUUUCGGGGACGAGCGAAUCGUUCUUUGCCAUGCUGCAGGAUUACAGACCGACGGUACUUGGCGCUAAUGGAACCGAUCAACGAUCGCCCGGACCAUCGGAGUAUCUCCGCGGCAAAGUCGACGCCGAAAAUAGUUCAAAUUCGUUAAUAAGUGACGACACACUAAAUUCGCAUCCUCAAAGUCCGAAGUUACGCGUCAAGCUUCCAAAAUUUUGGGGUUCGGGUAGUGUUAGUGGUAGCUCCUUAAAAAGUCAAAGACAGGCGAUGGAUGAUAGUGUCGUUAGUUCGUCUACAAUUAAUUCCAGUAUUUCAUUACCCACAGACUCCGACGAAAUUCAACGGAGACGAGCGUUUGUGCAUUACGACUGUCAAUCGCUCACGACUAAUUUAAGUUAUUCCGUCCGUAUACGUAAGAAUUUAUUAUCGAAACGACGCAACACCACAACCGGCGCGUCUGCUGCGUCUAUGAUCGCUAGGUCGUCAACGCCCGACGGGGAGAAUGGGGAUGAGGAUUCCGGCGAUGGGCACAGCAACGAUUUGGUGGAGAACUGUCCGUUUUUUCGCAACGAAGUCGGUGGCGAGGAGGAACGGGUAGUGAGUUUGACCAGGGUACAAAAUGGACAACAGAAUCCGAACAGAAGACGACCUUUACAUCGACCUCCAUUAGCAUAUGGAGUGGCCGUUUUGGAAUUUCCUAAUGGUGAGACGCACUGGAGGCACUCUACCUGUCCCUACCAAAGACUACCUAGGCCCAUCGAGAGUGUGGACCAAGGCGCUUUGUAUUACCGAAAGUAUUUUUUGGGUCAAGACCAUCAAAACUGGUUUGGCAUGGAUGAACAGUUGGGUCCAGUGGCAUUGUCGAUACGUCGUGAAAAAGUCACUCAUCAAGACAAUCACGCGAAUCCCCUGAUGCAGCAUCAGUAUCGUCUUAUAAUCCGCACAUCCGAACUACUUACGCUACGCGGUGCUAUUCUGGAGGACGCCAUUCCGAACAUAAAGCAAUCGAGUGGCAAAACGAUGAGCGUUAAGGAAGUGCUCGAAUACGUCUCGCCCGAAAUACAAAUUAACUGCUUACGAUUGGGCAAUCAAAGUCAGCAGCAGAUGGAAGAGCAGCUGCUCAAGCUCGAUGAACAGGGUUUAACUAGCAAUUAUAAGGUUGGUGUGAUGUAUUGUAGGGCAGGUCAGUCGUCGGAGGAGGAAAUGUACAAUAAUGAGGACGCGGGACCGGCGUUUCAAGAAUUUUUGGAUACGAUCGGAAAGAAAGUUAGAUUAAAGGGAUUCGAUAAAUAUAAGGCUGGAUUGGAUAACAAAUCCGACUCAACAGGACUAUACUCGAUCUACUCCCAAUAUCAAGACUGCGAGAUUAUGUUUCACGUUUCAACUAUGCUUCCAUUUACACCAAAUAACAGACAACAACUUCUACGAAAAAGACACAUAGGAAACGAUAUAGUUACGAUAGUUUUCCAAGAGCCUGGCGCUCUACCUUUUACUCCAAAAAAUAUUAGAUCUCAGUUUCAGCACGUUUUUAUCGUCGUCCGAGCGAUAAAUCCGUGUACUGAAAACACUCAUUAUACUGUAGCCGUAAGUAGAUCGAAGGACGUUCAAGUUUUCGGCCCCCCGAUUAAGGAUGGCGCAGUUUUUCCCAAAGGAAAGGCGUUCGCCGAUUUCUUACUCGCGAAAGUUGUUAAUGCGGAAAACGCCGCGCAUAGAUCUGAAAAGUUUGUUACGAUGGCGACGCGAACGAGACAGGAGUACCUUAAGGAUUUGGUGUCGAAUUUUUCAAGCACGACGCCUGUCGACACUGGGCAAAAAUUUUGUAAGUUGACAGUUCCGGGAUAUUUCUAUCGUAACUCUUUUAUUUUAGCGAUAUUUAGCAGUAAGAAGAAGGAUAAAAUUCGACCACGGUUUAUACCAGACGCAUGCCAAAGAGGUGCGAUUCUGUGGCAGGUCAUGCUGGACGAUAGCGGUCAAUCGCAGCAGAUUGAGUGUCUUCUUGGUAUUUCAACGGAUACCUUGGCUUUGAUUGAAGAGCAAUCGAGGCAAAUUGUGUUUGUAACUCCAUGCAAGUCGGUGUUGGGUUGGUCGCCACAAACAAGCAGUCUGAGGAUAUAUCACCACCAAGGUGAAUGCAUGACCAUCCACAUGCGCGACGCACAUUACGACAGAGAUGAACUUAUGGAGAUAAUGGAGCGGUUGAAGGCCGUAACACCCGGCGUUUUAGUGCAAGAAUUGUCACUAAAACGUAACAUAAUGGGGCAGCUAGGUUUCCACGUGCAACCCGAUGGUAUAGUCACGCUAGUCGAAAGUGCGGGUCAGGCUUGGCAAGCGGGGCUACGGCAAAAUUCGCGUCUAGUUGAAAUAUGCAAGGUGGCGGUUUCAACGCUAACUUAUGACCAAAUGGUCGAUCUACUUAAGACUUCCAUGCUCGUUACUCUAACUGUGAUACCUCCAAUGUCAGAUGGAUCGCCUCGUAAAGGCUGUGCAUUACAAAAUUGUAAAUAUAACGAAGGUAACUAUGAAAGUGAUUAUGAAAAUGGUAAUACGGAUGAUUCUAAGAAUAGAAAGGCAGCACAAUUGCAACAAGCUGUACCUGGUAAUCAUAAAAAGAUUUAUGAGAGAAGCUUCUCUCCUCCUAGAUCGAGUAGUAGUUCUGGAUAUGGUACUGGUAGCAGUAGCAAAUCUUUUUUAGGGAAUGAUUCGAGAUUUGCGUCUAAUCCUGAGGGAACAAUGACAAGUUCUUCAAGUGGUCAUUCUGAUGACCGUUGGUAUGAAUUUAUACAGGAAAAUCUCGAUUUAGAAAUGGGGAUACCUCCUCCUCUUCCAGUAAAAUCCACCCAAAAUCGCCCCCAUCAAUCAAACAACACAUAUCCCUCAACACCAAAACGUAACAAUAUUCACCAAAUAGCCCAUCUGCAAAUAUCUCAAUCACACAACCACUUCGGCCCUCAAAAUCUUCAGCACACGAAGAUACAAGUAAGCCAUUCUUUACCCUUGCAACACGCGAAUUAUUCAACACCGCUCACAGCCGCUUUGCAUAACAGCACCUACGACUACGAAAUGAACUACAAGAUGGAUAAGAAUAAUUUGUUAAAGCAAGAAAACGACAGGCGAAUGCGUCAAGAGACCGAGUAUGUAGUGACGAGAGCGCCGAAAGUGGCCGAAUACACCACCCUACAGCAAUUAAAUAGUGAUAUGGUUAGGAAUAAUUUAUUAAUGAACGAUGGACAUUCCACUGAUAGCUCUGUAAGUGAUCGACUGUACGGGAUUGGAAGCGAGGAUGAAUUGUCGACGGGGAGCGGAGGUAACGUCUCGCCACGCACAAAGAGAUCUACAAAACUAGCGAAUUUAUCGAAUAAUAACAGCCGCAAUCAAAGUCCUCGCUCGCUAAACGGCGAGGCGAAACUACGUCCCGGGGUUACAUCACGUUCAUCUAAUCGCAACAGCGCCAACUUGGCAACGAGCACCUUUCAGGAGGAAUUGAUAAGGCUCAUAGACCCAGAUAGUAUCGAAGAGUCGCGCGAGCCUAUUAGGUUGAACAAGGAGAAUAAAUCGGAGCCCGAGGUCAUCCUAACGAUGGCAAGGCCUGCUACUGUCAUUUCAAACUCGAGCACAACUUCUAGUCCUCUUCCUGCCGAAUUUAAGAUCGCGAAAGAUGAGCGAUUGUCUCCUCGCGUGACGAGUACGCCGAGCAAGCGGGCAAUUGUUGUGGGUCCAGAGGCGCUACCGUUACCCGGGGAUAUGGAUUGGCCCAGCCUUGUUGAUACCGCGACACGGGUGAUGAUGCAAGUUGCUGAGACCUCAAGUUUGGGAAGCGAUGAUAAAGGAAAGCAUUGGCAAGAUGAUCAGUCGAUGGACGCUUCAAUUAAUUCAGUGAUUAGUUCAAGUGCAAGCGUUCCUGAACUGCAAAAUCACGUAUGCGAACUGGAAACGAGAGUCUCUGAAGAAACGCGGCGACGCUUAUCGCUGGAAGACGAAGUGAGACGUUUAAAAGAUGAAAAUCGCAAGUUACACGACCAAGCACAAGCGGCCGUUAGCCAGCUACGAAAAUUUACAGAAUGGUUUUUUAAAAAUGUACAACGGCAAUAGCGAUCUUCUCUUCAUUUAUCAACAUUACAUAAUCGUGUAUAUACUUUGGAGCACUUCCGUUUUAUAGUAUUAACAAUAUGUAUUUUUAAAAAUGUUAACAAGUAUUUUUAAAUCUAUAGUACAAAGCUGUAUUAUUACAUUAAGUCAUUUCUAAAUUUUUUUGUUUGUUGAUGUUGGUCAGUAUUCUUUUUCAGUUUUGAUGUUUAUUGUUUUUAACAGUUCUAUUUAAAAAGUUACCAAUAUUCUAAAUUUGCUUGCAAUUGAAGGACUAAAACACCAAUAAUAGAUUAAUUAAACAAAUUGGAAGGUGUAGACUUUCAACUUUAAAGUAACUCUAUUCUGUUUCCUCGCAAUCUAUGCUGAAUUAAUGCAUUUAUAACUAAAAAUAUGUAGAGAACUACAAUUUCUUAACAGAACAGCUAACGAAUAAAGUGGCCUUCAAAGUGGAGGACAGUCCGCAGUUUUUCACAACAGCUGGUUAAAGUAGUAUAAUAGUAAUAUACCAAAUCGUUUUUCAUGUAUAUUUGUUAUUUAUGAAUUGUUACUUAUUGUAUUAGUAGAGUUGGUAUGUAUUGUUCUAAUAAGUAUUAUAUUAGUUAUACGUAUUACUUCUUACAUGGAACACCAAAAAAUUUAUUAUAGUUAAUAAUAUAAUAAUAUAUCCACACAUUGUGACAUUGUCAUUCCUGUACAUUUAUGAUACAUUUACAACUAUUACAGUGUGACCUGCGUAAUGCCUUAUAUUAUGAAUUCAAGUUAGAUGUACUUUUUUGUUUUAAAAUACAGCAUCUAUAACUGAACAAUGCAUGUUUAUUUUUGGGCAAAUGACAUAAAGUAUACAGGACAACCCUCAGCACUAUGACCCAUAAAAGACAUCCUCA